UUCCCUUGAUUUCGAAAUUCCAAAGUUCACCUCGGAGUGAUUCUUCUAAAAUGGCAUCCCAAGUCAGACCUCGCGAUGGGAACACCCAUUCAUUACUUUAUCCGGGGGCGUUUGAUACGCAUGUGCAUGUCUUUGAUCCGGAGCUGGGGCCAUACGCUGCUGGGCGCGCGUACACCCCCGAGGAUGCGCCACUCAAAAAGUUGAUUGCGUUCAAUCAAAUUCUAUCGUCAAACCCCUCAAGCAACACUUUAGUGCUAGUCCAGCCGUCUCCCUACAACAAUGAUUGUUCAGUUUUGAUACAAUGCCUGCAGAAACUCAAAAAUCAGAACAUCAAGGCUUUCGGCAUCGCAGUGCUGGACCUGGACAACACUACCGACGCACAACUAAACGAGAUGCAUGACCUCGGCAUACGUGGAAUCAGGCUCAACUUUCAGGCAGAUGGAAAGGAAGUGAGCACUGAUAAUUUGGUGGCUGCUUUGCACCGGACUGCGGAUCGUAUUCGCUACCUCCAGGGCUGGAUGAUCCAGCUAUUUGUUCCUGGCUGGAUAUGGGACAAUCUACAUGAUAUCAUUCUUGAGCUUCCGGUCAAGAUUAUCGCAGAUCACUUGGGGGGGUUACGGGGCUCAAGCAAGCUGUCUUCCGAUUUCAAGUCGGUACCGAUGUCCCAACCCGGUUUUAAAUCGCUACUAUCAUUGGCAAAACAGUCCCGUGUUGUUGUGAAGAUCUCAGGUUUAUAUCGUGUGUCUAGUGAUACCUCAUCGACUUACAGCGACCUGCAGUCUAUCAUUGAGACGUUCGCUCGAGAGAUCCCGGACCAGGUCAUCUGGGGAAGCGACUGGCCACACACCGGAGAGGGACAGAAUAGGCUUGAAAGAAGACUGGAUGUGAAAGAGCCAUUCAGAACCAUUGAUAAUUUCGCGAUUCUUGAUCGGCUGUAUGAUUGGAUGGGAAGCGGGGGUUAUCAGAAAAUGCUGGUAGACAACCCGAGACGACUAUAUCCAAGUUGAGGAAUCUUUAACCUUGUUGAAGAUAAAUGAACAGCAUUGAUAUCGGCGAUUCAAGAAAAUUUAUUAUUUCAAAUCCAUAGAUCGGAGGGGAUUUGGUUGUUCCAUAGACUACAAACAAGGGUGCAACCAAC